GGACAGCGUGCGGCUUCACAGCAGACGUCCACGCUCGGGACGACAGGUGCAUUCUCCCCUCGGAUGAUGCCAGAGCGGCACUUUUUGCACAUUUUUCUACUACUUUUGACAUCCUGAAAAUGCCUUUCCCGCCGAUCAGCCUCCAGCAGAAGAUCUCCUCGCCGGGGAGGGAGUUUUUCGGGAAGAAGAAAGCCAAUCCUGUUGGCGGGGAGAAGGGGGAACCCGGGAAGGAGAAGCAAACCUCGUCGUGGACUUCGGCGAAUUUACGCAAUUUGGCGCGCAGGACGCAGCAGGAGAAGACUAAAAUCCCCACGCAGAAGGAAUCGCAGGGGAAAUGCUCCUGGCUGACUUCCACCAAACCUCAGGACGCGUCCGCGGGAGUGAGGCGCUCCUCCUCCGUGGACUGCGGCAGACUCCUGGCCGGCAAAGAAGACGCCAAAAAGGAGCUCCAAUUCACGCUCAGCCUCACGCCAGAGGCCAUCCUGGUCAUCCAGAAGCGGAACCUGGAGAAGCAAAUGCUGGCCAAGCAGCAGAAAUGCUGCGCGUCCGCGGACUUCCGGCACCGGCGCGUCUUCCCUUCCAAAAAGGCGCACGGCAGCUCCAAGGGCGCGCAGCCGGCCAACAAAGCCGAGGAGGCGGCGGAGCAGCAGGACAUCACCGCCAUCGUGAAGAUCUCCCUCUUGAACGACCAGUACAAGUACGACGACGUGGAGUACGAGGAGGAGGACGGCGACGUGGACGAGACCGUGGUGCGGAAGUGCAAAGAGUGGCUGAAAGGCGUGGAAAGCGCCGCCGCGCUGGGGAAGGUCGACAAACUUCGCGCACUCCCGCACCUUAAAGGCUGCUGACAGCUGGAGCCGACACGGACUCACCUUCUUGAUUCGUGGACUGCACACCUGCUGCCAUGCACGCUCAGGUCACCAGUGGAAUGUCUGGACUUUUUUUUUUUUUUUUUGUGGAAUAUACUUCCCCGGGAUGAUUUGAAAGAUCUUAGUGCCUUUUCAAUCAUCAGUGACUUUUUACACAUGACAUGUUUUUUUGUUUCCUUUGAGGCGGCUUUACGCCAAAAUAAGCCCUUUUUGUUGUGUGAGAACAAUAAAGAGUCAGCUACACUGUAAAAAAAAUAAAUAAAAAAUUAUCAGUA